GUACACCAGAUUUUGAUUUGAAGUUGAUUCAAUAAUUUGAAUAUGGAUUGAAAUAGUAAAAUACAUAAUAUAUUAUAUAAUAUUGCACUACAUAAUAUAUACAUAUUGUUAAAAUAAUUUUUUUAUAAUUUUUUCUUCUUCUUCUUCUUCUUCCAUCUCCCAAUUUUAUAUAUUUCUUUAAUAAAUAGUCAAAUACCUUAAUUUCUACUCUUUUUCUUUUUUUUUUUUUUUUUUUUGUGGUUUAUAUAUAUUUUUUCAUUUUCGGAUUCUCUCUUCUUUCCUAAUCAUUGUUUGCUAAUCUCCUUUUUACAUUAAAUCUUGGUUAACAAAAAUUAAUUUUUUUUCGGAUCCAGUUCUUAAAAAUUGGAAUAUGAAUUUAAUUCUAAAUAAUUCAUUGAAUUAUCAAAUCAAAUGAAAUCGAGAAUAUCUAUUAUUGGAUUAAAAAAAUGUUUCAAGCUGCAAUUAUUAAGAAAAAAUUUCAGUUUAACAUUUUAUAAAAUAUGUUUUUAAAAUACAUAAUUAAGUUCAAAUUAAGCUGCUCACCAGAAUUAGACAAAAUUUUCAAAGGAAGAUCAUAGGCGGUUUCUUCUCAGAACCUUCAUCCCCACCCUCUUAUUCUCUGCAGAACAUGCUAUAUAAGUUUAACAUUUUAUUCAAUAAGAAGUACCAAAAUUUCAGUUUUCCGACCUUGUGCAGUAUUACAGCAUAACACAAGCAUUUUUUUCGCGAUUAAGACUUGUCCUUUCGCUCCUACCAAUUCUACCUUCUCGAUCAAUCUUAACUUGCAGAACAAAAGAUGAAAUCACUUUUGAGCGAGCAAGGGAACCUGUUGUCCAAAAUAGCAACCAACGGUGGACGUGGCAAAGUCUCUCCUUACUUUGAUGGACUAAUUCAGAUGGGUCUUGCAAAAAACCAGCUUUCCUUUGAUUUGACUCAAUGGUGGAUUAUGAAUAAUCCGAAAGCCUCAAUAUGUACGGUUGAAGAAGCCAACGACUUCAAGGACAUUGCCAUAUAUCAGGAUUAUCAUGGCUUGCCAGAAUUCAGAAAUAGCAUGUCAAGGCAAUAUGAAAAUGAUCUUCUACUGGCAAAGCAAUUGAUUAAACAUAUGGAGGAAACGGUUAGAUAUGAUGAUGAAACAUCUGCAUUGAUUAGGGAGUGUAUCGACUCUCUAGACAACGCAAUUGCACUAUCAAGAAAGAAUAUUUGCUCUACAAUAUGCUUCUCAGACCACCAGACCUUUUCGUGUCCUCUUUGUGACUAUGUGAACACCAAGCGCUCAGGCGCGAAGCGUCACAAUCAUUGCAAGAACUGCGGCACAUACUGGAUCAAGGACGACGUCCCGGUCGCGCGAGGCUACGGGAAAACCAAGGGGUACAAGUCAAAGGAAUCCUCAAAAGCGGCAAAAAAUCGCAAGUCCAACAGCGAGAACUCCAGCCUCACCCUGGCCGCCGCAACUGCCGUGGUAGCGUCCGCAAUCACCUCGACCGUACCAGGGCUCAGACACAGUUUGAAGGCAACAAAGGCAAAGUUGGGUGAUUCCUCUUCGAACAGCUCCUCUGCACCAUACCAGGAAUGGAAGAGUGAGUAUCUUCUCACAUUGACACCGGAUCAAGAUGGCACUGAACGAGUAUUUCACAUUGGAGAUGAGAGCAGUGAUGGGUCUCAUCUCCAGUCAGGAGUGGAUGCAACAGAGAUGUCCACUCAACAUCUAGUUGAACGGGAAGACAUGGAGAUGCUUGCGGAUCGGCAGGCAAGCAGUUGUCAAACUGCUUGUUCUUCAACAAACAGUGCCGUUCAAGUUACCUUGUUUUCCAGGGUUAAAGCGGUAGCUAGGUGGCCUUCUGUCCUGUUUAACAGGGCGCGUUCUUAUUUCACACACAGAUCAGAUCAAGAAGGGGAUACAUCACUUCAGCCCAAUGGAUCAUCUCAAGAUCUAGAGGCAGGGAAUGGAACAGAGAUGUCAACUACCCCUCCAAUCAGCGAUGGAUCAUCUCAAGAUCCAGAGGAAGGGAAUGUCACGGAUGAGAUACAUCAGAAUCCGCAGUCAAAUCAUUCUCCGAAGCAUUUCGGGAUGUUUAUAUUUUUCUUUGCUGUUAAUCUUGUUCUUGCUCAUGUGAGGGACACUUACAAUGACUCGUCUUCGUCGACUAAAGCUAAUUGGCAUUCCUACUAUUUUGGAGGUACAAUUACAGUUAGCUUCAUUAGUACUCUAUGUGCCAAUAUACUUGCCAAGUAUGAAAAGCCUGCUCGUUUCCUCGAGAAAAUUGGUAUCGGGUUUGGGGCAAGUGGGUUUAUUAUGGCAAUGGUGGAGUUGCUCCUUCCGAACGUGACGUGGAUCGCUUGGAUUGCUACUCCCAUCGUCUGGAUUGCUGUCAUUUUGGGCUAAACACUCUACGGUAAAAUACUUGACCCAUUACUCGAGUCGUUUCCUUCUUUUUUUUAAUGCGUUUACUUUCAGGAAGUCAUGUAAGAGUGACGUUAUUUCUGCUGCUGCAAAAUAUAUGAUAAUAGAAAUUUGAUGAUA